UAAUCAUAUUGUUAUUCGAAUGUUAGGUUAUGUAUGUGUCAAAUGUUUGGUUUUUGAGUUAACCAAAAUUUGGAAUUUGAUAUAAAAAAUUGGAUAAUUUUGUCUGGACGCAUAAUAUAUUACUAUGGCACUUUCGUUCAACGCUCGUUCACUAUUUAGAAGAGUGGUGUUAUCUGAUUUUAGGACCAAUAUUCGGUUUUAUUCAGACCAAACAGAGGAACCUACUGAAGAGCUAAAAGAAGUUGAUCCAACUAAAGACAGAACAAAAAUAAUACCCGUUGAAACUAGCAUUAAAUAUAUGCAGAGUAAGGCUUAUCAGCAAGCUUAUGGAGACAAAGCAAUUUGGACAUUAUACCGACGUAAUCACAUCGGUGGUUUUGCUCCACGUAAAACCAGGCAAACUUGUGUCAGGGGCGGAAUAAUAUCUACUGGUAAUCCCUGCCCCAUCUGCCGAGAUGAAUAUUUAGUUUUAGAUCACAGGAACACAAAACUUCUGGAACAAUUUAUUUCGGAGCACACUGGACAGAUAUUGGAUGCAUUCAAAACUGGUCUAUGCCAGAAGAAACACAAGGAGUUAUUGGUCGCUAUUGAGAGGGCCUGGGACCAGGGCUAUCUCACUUAUGAUGUUCCAUUCAGGGAGUAUGAUUACUCUUUAUACAAUAAAACUGCAAAUACUGUUUGAAUACCUGUAUAAUAAUAUAUUAGUUUAAAUAAAAAUAGAACAUAUAGUUGAA